UGGCGGUGACGCCCCAUAAAUAGCGGGGCGAGGCCGGCGCUCCCCACUCAGCGGCGGCGGCGCCCGUGCCCGCGACCCUGCCCCUGCUCCAGUCGGCGGCGGCUCCGGUUCCUCCUCCCAGGCUGUGUAAGAUUCAAGACCUGAAAAAAUGGCAUUGGCAGCAACUGAUCCACAGCAGAACAUUGUAUCGAGAGUUACCAACCUUCCUUUGGUGAGCUCCACCUAUGAUAUGGUAUCCACAGCUUACAUCACCACAAAGGAUAACCAUCCUUAUCUGAAGUCAGUAUGUGAGAUAGCAGAGAAAGGAGUGAAGACAAUUACAUCGGUAGCCAUGACAAGUGCUAUGCCCAUCAUUCAGAAGUUGGAACCACAAAUUGUAGUUGCCAACAACUAUGCUUGUAUAGGUCUAGACAAAAUUGAAGAGAGACUGCCUAUACUGAAUCAACCCACUGACAAGGUUGUUGCCAAUGCCAAGGAUGCAGUUGUUGGAGCCAGAGAAGCUGUUACAACCACUGUGACUGGUGCCAAGGAAACUGUUGCUCACACGAUCACUGGAGUUGUGGGCAAGACUAAAGAAGCAGUGCAAGACAGCGUAGAAAUGACCAAGUCAGUUGUCAAUGGCAGCAUUAACACUGUCCUGGGAAGUCGUGUGGUACAGAUGAUGAGCAGUGGAGUGGACAGUGCUCUCACGAAAUCCGAGACCCUUGUAGACCAGUAUCUCCCACUUACAGAAGCAGAAUUAGAGAGGGAAGCUGCAAACGUUGAAGGUUUUGAAGUUGGAGUCCAAAAGCCAAGCUACUAUGUUAGACUAGGAUCCCUGUCUUCGAAGGUCCGCACACGUGCCUACCAACAAGCCUUAAACAAAGUUAGAGAUGCUAAACAGAAAAGCCAGGAGACAAUCUCUCAGCUCCACUGCACUGUUAGUCUGAUCGAGUAUGCCAGAAAGAAUGUGAAUAGUGCCAAUAAGAAGCUUCUUGGUGCUCAGGAAAAGCUUUAUCAAUCCUGGGUAGAAUGGAAGAAAAAUACAGGCCAAAAUGAUGGUGAUGAUCUGCGUAGUGCUGAGCACAUUGAGUCAAGAACUCUAGCUAUUGCACGGAGCCUCACUCAGCAGCUUCAGACCACCUGCCUCACACUGGUCUCAAGCCUACAGGGGCUGCCACAGAAUGUGCAGGAUCAGGUUUACAGUGUUGGGUCAGUGGCCGGUGAUGUCUACCAGAGCUUUCGGUCAGCAUCCUCCUUCCAAGAAUUAUCAGACAGCUUUAUUGCAGCUAGCAAAGGACAGCUGAAGAAAAUGAAGGAGUCUCUGGAUGAUGUGAUGGAUUAUCUUGUUAACAACACACCGCUCAACUGGCUGGUAGGUCCCUUUUACCUACAACUGCCUGGCAUUCAGCAUGCUGAAAGCAAAGGUGAAGGGGAGGAAAGUCCCAGCCAGAAAGACAAACAGCCUGAACACACUACUGAAUAAACUGCAUAGCAUGCAUGUACUCUGCUGACUGACCAAACAAGUGGCCUUACUACGUGCCGCUUUCAAAAAUACCCAUUUUCACAAUUUUUUGGUGAAAAAUCCAUAAAUACAGGAAUAGGGGAAUCUACAGGCCUGGACACUGUUACACAUGGGCUGUAUUGUCCUGCGUAGUUAAGCCACUCUUAAAAAUUCCAAUUAGACUCAAGUGCCUGAGUAUUGGCAGCUUACAGUUAUCAAGAUGCCCUGUUUGUCUGUCAAGCACCUCACAAUGCUUCAGUGGUAUUAAUACCACUAGUCUAAAUGAAACCCACCUUUGAUUUGUUGCUUAAUCUUUACCAGAAUGAUAUAAAGGCCUUACAUACUAUGAAAUGCAUUAAAAAGCUGUACAGUCUAGCUAUGUACACUUAAAUGCUAUGUUUGCUGCAGAUCACACAUUUGAUAAUUACGAAUCUGACUAUCAGAUUCUAUUGCUACACAAUUCAUGACAAAAGUUCUGUGAAUGCAGAAUGCCAAAGCUGAAAGUGGGGUUUCUGAAUGAGUCAGCAGGAGUUAAAUGCUGUGACAGUGUUAACAUUAACUGUAUGAACUUAACUAUUGUAUAACACAGUAACUUGACCACAGAAUCAUAGAGUAUCUCAAGCUGGAACGGACCCAUAAGCAUCAUCAAGUUCGACUCCUGCUGCUUGCAGGAGUACCUAAAAACUCAACCAUAUGACUAAGAGCAUCAUCUAGAUGCUCCACGAACACUGUUCCAGUGACUGACCAAAUAAUUAUCAACAGAUUUUUUCAUAUGCAGUAUAAAGGCAAGAUUCAUGCUGUUUGUACCCAGGUGCCUGCUGUUGUGUGUGUGUGUUUUUGUAGCCAUCAUUUUGUAACUCAUUUUUGUAUGUUAGUAAUAAAUGCUUUAGUAGCCAAAGCCUGUCUCCUUUGUUUUAAAACAAUCUAACUUGCUCUUCUGUGACUCCCUCAGACUGGGUCCAGCAGAAAGCAAGCUUGACAUGCAAAUGAAGUAGAUGUGCACUGAAAAUGUUUGUGUAUGUAUUGAUAGAUAGAUAAGAUACUGCUGCAGCAUUUCCUUCCUUUUGAAUUUCUGUGUAUCCAUCCACUGAGUCUUAGCUUUACUGCUGCUUUUGUUGAUCCUUGCUGUUGUCACCUUUAAAGAUGACCUAAGCUGUGAGCUGCUGGAUGCUCUAAUAUUGAAAAGAGAUGGAUAUGGACAAAAGAACCCUCUCCUCCUUUCACAGUAGGUGUUGUGUGUCCAUGACAUGGCCAUCUACCUGCUUUGUCUUCUGACUCCCUAUAAACAGUAUUUACUUCUCAGCUGCAUCACCAGUUUUAACUUAACUUUAUUUAUCCUCUUGAACUUGAGUGACAAAUGUACAUUAACACUCAACUACUUGGGUGGAGUUGUUCUCAGUAAAUCCUGUGAACCCCUCCACUGGAAAAGAAUUAGUCACUAAGAAAAAAGCUUUCUUGGUUUAGAGCUGUCCAGGUAAGUUGUAUCUUUUUUUCUGAUGCAUGCCCUAUACAACUUUGGGUUGCAAUCAUCUAGUGUAGCAAUGCCAGCCACCAUUUUCAAAGAGGUCACCAAAUGCAGUUCAAAGAAAGCUUAUCAAAUAGUGACACAUUGCUACAUGGAACAAUACCUCCACCUGGCAUGAUGUAGGCACUAAAGCAAAUUACAUGUCCAGCCUUCUAAUGUGAGAGGGAUAGCUGUUAGGUCAGGGUUGGCCUAGAAGUGUGAGGAAGACUGUUUUAAGCACAGUAUUAAAUAAAACUAUAACAAAACAGGAUUACAGAUAAAGAUUCUGUAACUCCCAGCUUUAAAUACUCACUUUCUAUAAGGGAUGUGUUUAAUAUGAAAUUAACAUGAGGUGGUGAGACUCCUUUUCAGCCAGAGCCUGAGUUAAGACUUAGGGAGACAGAGUGCUUCCAGGAAUUAAUUUCUUUUUGCAUUUAGUUUAACUAUUGCAAGGUCCAGCAAGAAUAUCCUUUUUAUCUCCAUUCAUAAUAAUGCUUGUAGAGUGCAUCCACUGUUGCAGAUGUGCUCAGGAACCAAAUGGAGCUAAUUAGGUGUGGGGGCACUGGGCUGUUCAAAGAAGGGAAUUCCCAUUUUUCUAGGUGUGUUUUAAAGUCUAACUGCUCUGGGACUGCAUCCUGAGGUGAUCAAUCAAAUAAGAUAUUUGAACUUUACAAUGUCUUUUAAGGACUGAGAAAUAAGCAGCAUCAUCUGGUAUCAGUGCAGGAGCAGUACAUUGUGUCUGUUCUGUCUUGUGUUACUGGUUUUACCCUUGCAUGGCUGUCCAGCUUUACUAAACCUCAGCAAGCAGCUGAAGUAGAAAGCAAGGAAAACUUGUUACCAGCCUUGACCUUCAAAGCCCUUCUCCCUUACCAUGCAGUGUUGGGUGGCUUCUGUUGAAAAGUUACUUGGACUUCGGGCAGUUGACCUAUAUCUGGUGACUGCAAGCAGAACAAGGCCUGGUUAAAUGCCUUCCUAAUGCUUGGGCUCCUGUGUCAUGCUGUUGUGAUAGAUACUUGUUUUGUUGGAUGCUGCCCAUCCUCCAAGUUUUUAAGUUUCUAUCCACACACACACAACCCCCCAAUUCCCCCUCCCCCACCCCCCCAUCAAUCAGGAUUAGGAACCCUUUGGCAGUGGAGGAGAGGGCUGAAUAACAGCAAAUUGUUAUGUUUCUGAUUUAUUAUAUAGAAUAUAAUUCUCUGAUUAGUAUUAUUAGACUCUGCUAAUAAGGAGAGCACUGAAUGUUUAAACUGAUUUGCAACUGUACUUGCAUGGUAAUUUAGCAUCUUAUUGCAGGUAAUUUAACAUAGCAUAUUCCCACACUCCAGUCUUAACUGCAGCUGUACAGACAGAACUUGGUAUUUUUUUCUACUGCAGCUAGAGAGAGUGACUAUUAAUAUGUCCACUGGAGGCAAGAAUGAUGCCUUCCAAAGCCUUGGUUUUUUGCCACUUGUUUUUGACUGAAGCUGAGGUGCUUCCUCACAAAAAAAGAAGGGAAACCUGAGAUACUGCCAUCUUACCUGUUAAUUACAUUUAUUAAAGAGCUCAGCUGCACUGCACGGAAGCUUGUUUCCUCUUAGUCCAAAAUCAUGUUUGAGGGAUAUAGCUUGGGCUAGAAAGCUGUGAGGUUUCUCUGGAACCUUUUAAAAAAGGCAAGAGCAGAUGUGUUGAAAAUUAUAGGAAGUAGAUUCAACUAUUUUCAGCAAGGCAGGUAAACUAGAUGAAAUGGGAGAAUGUCAAAGGCUGCAUAGUAACACAAAACCUGUUAUGGUAAAGGUUAGAAUACUAACAUAAUCAUCACUUGUAAGGUUAUUUAGGGUUUAUUUAGAAUUCAGAAAAUUACUUUUUCUCUUUUAGAGAUCAUGCAAAAAUUUUUCAUUCUAAUUGACACAUUCUCUUCCCAGGUGUAUUUAACAGAGAACUAUUAUUGUAUCAUUGCUGAUAAUCGUUUUUUACGAAAGCUUUCAAUAUAAGCAUUUGUAAAUAGCUCCAUAUGGUAUGCAAGUUUUGCAAACAUAUUUAUAGCAUUGGUCAAAGCCAAAUUACAAGAUUUGUAUAAGGACUGGAGUUGUAGCUAGUUUGCCUCAAUCUAAAGAAAGGUGUAAAGCUUUUGAAAUUCAAAAUUAUAUUCAAUAUUCAAGAUUAAUAUUUUUGCAAUAAUCUUUUCCAGAAUUCAACUUAGGGUAAUAUUUUAUAGCUAGUUAAAUAGGUGAAAGGAUUUGGGAACAACUGAUGAGUUAUUUCUCUUUAUUUAAAAAAAGCAGUAAAUACCACCAGAAAACUUUUUUUAAACCAUCUAAUUAAAAAGAGGAAACAGAACCAAACUUAUUUUUAAGCAUGAUUGGUUAGUAAUUUGUGUGAUCAGGGAGUCCUACAUGCAGCAUCUUGCUGGAGGUAUUGUGCACAGUGUUUUGUUAAAUUAAUUUCAUUUAUUGCCAAUUCAUGGCAAUUGUAUUUCUUUUAGAUAAUACAGUCCCUGAUGACUAGAAAUAAGCGCUUGUUCUGAAAGUUCAGAAAACGAGAACGUUGUGUCAAAAUUCUAGGGGCUGAGUUCUAAAAACUUAGCAAGAAAAAAAUGGAUUAAAGUUGUUGGUAUUGACAUUAACAUUUGUAUAUGAAGCCAGCAAAGUGCCAAAGUAUUUAUUUUCACCAUUCUAUGUACGGAUGUUGCAAGUGUUAUAUCUUUGUAACUGAUUUACUGAAUCAUACAGAGAAAUUGUAUGAAGAAGAGUUAUAUCUGGCCCUACUCUUUUAUUGCAAGAACUGAUAGGAAAUUGAAACAAAGCAAUGCAUCAACUGUGAAAAGUGAUGUGGAAGCAAAGGUCCUGUACGUAAGCAGUCCCAUAAUACCAAGGGCUUUGCAUUGUUUUAGUUAGACUGAUGCAAAUGUCAGAAUAUGUGAUUCUAAUACAAUUUACCACGGUGAUUCAUUCUGACAUCCAGUCUGUUUUACUCAUGCUGAGAUACACUCCAAUUUGAAGUUUUUCAUGGCUAGCAAAAUCUUACGUUAAAGGAGUUAGAUUCUUCUACUGCAUGCAUUAGGGAGAUGAAGAAAA